AUGGGGAUAAAACAUCUUCUCCUGCUCCUGGUCUACUUGGACCCGCUCCACGUGCUGUGUGCCGCUGCGAACAAGAGAACCAAGCCGGCCCCCAAGCGGACCGCACGGCCCCGGGAGGUGAACAGCACCGGCGGGCCGGGCGCCCCCGCCCCGGGCCGGAUUCGGGUCACCCAGGUGCAGGCUCCGGCGGUCGGAGCGCACGACACGUGCUUGGGGUACUAUGACGUGAGUGGACAGCUGGACAAGGAGUUCGAGUGCAACAACACGGACCACCGCUUCUGCUGCGGCAGUUGCUUCCUGCGCUUCUGCUGCGCAGACCAGGGGAAGCGCCUCGAGCAGAAGUACUGCACGAACUACAACACUCCAGACUGGAUAAAGACCCAGCCUCCCUCCCCCGCGCCCACGGGGGACACGUACGACCCGGAGCUAGACCAGACCAACACCACGGUGUACAUCUCGUGCGGCGUGGUGGCGCUCGUCAUAGCCAUCGGGAUCGGCGCCAAAGUUGCCUACGACAAGGCGACCAAACCGCCGCAGGAGAUGAACGUCCACAGAGCACUUGCAGACAUUUUGCGGCAACAAGGAACCAAUCCGACGUCUCUGCAUGAACAUGAGAACAUGGCAGAGUUGGAAGACUCGUCCAAAGACGAAACACCUGUGAGGAACUUCAAGAACCACUACACACCUGUCCAUAGCCACGCCCCAAACCAUGGGCACUAUGGCAAGGAGGCGCUGCGCGGGGCCCCGGACAUGCACAACUUUAUUUCUUCGGGCUUUGUGACGCUCGGACGGGGCCACCUGAAAGCACAGCACUCGGUGGAUGACCUGGGCCAUAUGUCGUGGCAGGGCGACCCAGAUGCCCCCAUCUCCUACGGUAACCACCAACACGACUACCAGCACAGCCACCUGGACCUGACUCUCACGCCCAAGAUGGCCCACAGACAAAUGAGACACGAUCGCCCGCAGCGGGGGAACAACAUCCUGACGUCGGCGACAGAGCCCUACGACCUGUCGCGCUCCUUCCAGAACCUCAGCCCCCUCCCCCCCUCCUUCGAGCUGCCCCCCCUCAAGGCUGCGCUGACGGAUAAGGACGUCGAGGACUACUACAUGAGGAAGCACCACGACCCGGGCCCCCGGGGGCCCACCCACAUGGUGAAGCUGAGCGACGAGCCGCCUCCCCGCCAGCGGCCGCGCCGGGUCCAGCGGGCCAUGUCCCAGGACCACGUGCUGUCCCCGCCCCGCACGCCCCGGCGCAGCGCCGGCGGCGGCGGGGGCGGCGGAGGGGGCGGGGACUACGGGCUGUCGGCCUACGGCGGCAUGGCGGCGGCGGCCUACGGCAGCAGCCGGCACCUCUCGGAGGACCAGCUGCUGUCGGCCGACCGGCUGCACUCCCAGGAGCCGCUGCUGCUGCUGUCGCCCACCAUGCGGCGCGACAAGUUCCGCGAGAAGGCCAUGGCGCGCGCCAUGUCCCACGCCGACAUGCUGAUGCCCACCACGCCCAAGGUGGACCGCCACGCCAAAAUGAUCAAGAUGCACUCGCACCCCACGCCGCGCGACUACAACACGCUGACCGUCGGCCACGACUACAACACGCUGACCGUGGGCCAUGGCGGCGGCGGCGGCGGUGGCGGCGGUGGCGGCGGCGGCGGCGGUGGCGGCGGCGGCGGCGGUGGGCCGUCGUCCUCCAAGCGGCAGGCGUUCGCGUCGCGCCGCAUGCACACGGUGGACCACCUGCAGUACGUCCCCGCACCCCACAACUACCGCACCGCCAGUAAGAACGAGGUCACCGUCUAG